UGCCGGCGUCAGUUAUUUGCAACAAAACGCACAACUCAAGUGAAGUGAGCGAAGCUUUCAAAGUUUUCUCAAAGAUUGGUGUUUGAAAUUCAAUUGUUUAGUGAAAGAAAGAAAAGAAAAUGUCUCUGCUACCGUAUUUAUUGGAUUAUGAACUUGCUCCGCGAUCCAGGGGCAUCAGAGAUCAACUUUUAGUUCUCGAUUUGGCGCCGGAAGAUUUUUUGUUGACCGACAUAUUCGAUCGCCCUCGGAAGUAUGUACGCCAGUGGAGAAACCUGUCAUCUUUGGCUAGGGAUGUCGGUUCCACCAUCAAAGCAGAUAAAGACAAGUUCCAGAUCAAUUUGGAUGUCCAACACUUUGCUCCCGAAGAGGUGUCAGUGAAAGUGAGCGAUAACUACGUUGUGAUUGAAGGGAAACAUGAAGAAAAGCAAGAUGAGCAUGGAUAUGUCACCAGGCAAUUCAAACGCCGGUACGCUUUGCCAGAAGAAUGUAACGCCGAGGCAGUCGAGUCCAAACUGUCUUCCGAUGGUGUUUUGACCAUAACGGCUCCCAAGUUGGCUUUGGAGAAAGGUGAACGCGUGGUGCCUAUAGCUCAAACUGGUCCAGUUCGCAGGAAGCUGCAGGAUAGAGACACAGUUGAGCAAGAAGAGCAGAACGGCGAACCGGAACAGGAAACCAAGUCGCCACAGAAAAAGAGGAAACGAUAGUUUAAUGAAUAUUAACUUUAUUCCAUCGAUUUAAGGACUAUAUUAGCUAGUGAGAAAGUGCUAGAAAAUGCUUUCUUAGUCAACGAUAAGUUCUAUUGUUAUUAAAACUGGUACCUACGGGUCUGAGAACAAGUAAAGUAAAGACUGAAUUUAAUUUUCGAAUUUUGUAUUGAUUUGAAUUUGAGUGAAUGAGUGAAAAGUGUGUUUAGUUAUAAUAAAUAAGCAAUAAAGUGAUUCUUUUUAAGUAA